ACUUCCUUAUGACAGACUCAUUCUGAGAUUCGGGACGGACGAGUAUAUUAUACAGACAUGAAGAUGAAUUUGUUAUUAGCUGUCACUCUGAUGUCCAUCCCCUUGGCACUUGUGCAGGGAGCUGAAAAGAAAAAGCUGCAGAUCGGAAUCAAGAAAAGAGUGGACAACUGUCCUAUCAAGUCCCGAAAGGGAGACGUGUUGAACAUGCACUACACUGGAAAACUGGAGGAUGGGACAGAAUUUGACAGCAGUAUACCGAGGAAUCAGCCCUUCACCUUCACUCUUGGCACGGGACAGGUCAUCAAGGGCUGGGAUCAGGGUUUGUUGGGGAUGUGUGAGGGUGAGAAGAGGAAGCUGGUUAUUCCCUCUGAGCUUGGUUAUGGCGAUAGAGGAGCACCGCCUAAAAUUCCAGGUGGAGCCACACUCAUCUUUGAAGUAGAACUGUUGAGCAUUGAGAGAAGAUCUGACUUAUAGUGACAGAGAUGUGGGGCUGUCAGU